UGAAGUACGACGCUGAAAAAUGACAGCUCUCAGGUAGUCCCGGGCUGUCGCUACCGUUUUACGCACAUCUGGGGCCACAAAGCACGUGAGAAAAGGUGGCUCAGCCCCUUUGCCCACGCCCGCGUUUCUCAUGCUGCCCGCGGGCCUCACUCGUAGGCUUCUGUGCAGCUUCCUGCGGGGAUCCACUCCCACGAUAGCGCGCCAUGGCCUCCGGGAGACGCUCCUUGAGAGGAGAUGUGCGGCCAACUCCACCUCCCGGCACUCAUCCGGCCUGGGAUGUGGGCUUCCCCGUGGCGCGACAGCGACUGGGGAUAACCAAGGAAGGACUGACAUGGAGGAGAGUUUUGUGUUCCCCGAGUACGUCCCGGAUUCGGAGCCCGCAGUGACCCUCCAAGACCAGCUGCGGGAGCUGCAGCAGCGUCAGGAGGAGGAGCGACGGGUGCUGCAGCGGCGGGAGGAGCGGCGGCAGCAGAAACUACGCACCGGCCGGCGGGUGCACCCGGUCGUGGGGCACCCGGACGCGACGGUGCCGCCCAGCGGCCUAAACUGUUCGGGUUGCGGGGCGGAGCUGCACUGCCAGGACCCGGGACUGCCCGGUUACCUGCCCAGCGAGAAGUUCCUCAGCGCGGCGGCGCAGGAGGACGGCGGACUGACGCAGACCGUGUGCCAGCGCUGCUGGCUGCUGGUGCAUCACCGGCGCGCCCUGCACGUGCAGGUGAGUCGCGAGCAGUACCUGGAGCUGGUGACUGCCGCGCUGCGGCGGCCCGAGCCCGCCCUGGUGCUGUACAUGGUGGACCUGCUUGAUCUGCCCGACGCCCUGCUGCCCCACCUGCCCGCGCUGGUGGGCCCCAAGCAGCUGAUCGUGCUGGGAAACAAGGUGGACCUGCUGCCCCAGGAUACUCCCGGCUACCGACAGCGGCUCCGGGAGCGACUGUGGGACGACUGUACCCGCGCCGGGCUCCUGCCGCCCCCUGGCUACCGAAGGCCACAACACCCCAGCGGGGACCGGCCACGGGACGGGGAGAAUGCGAAUCUUUCGCCCAGGUCCCGCACGGUGCUCAGAGACGUGCGGCUCAUCAGCGCCAAGACUGGCUAUGGAGUCGAAGAGUUGAUCUCCGCGCUCCAGCGUUCCUGGCGCUACCGCGGCGACGUCUACCUGGUUGGCGCCACCAACGCUGGCAAGUCCACUCUCUUCAACACGCUCCUGGAGUCCGACUACUGCAUCGCCAAGGGCGCUGAGGCUAUCGACAGAGCCACCAUCUCCUCUUGGCCUGGUACUACAUUAAACCUUCUGAAGUUUCCUAUUUGUAACCCAACUCCUUACAGAAUGUUUCAAAGGCAAAAAAGGCUUAAAAAAGAUGCAACGGAAGCAGAAGAAGAUCUUAGUCAGCAAGAACAAAAUAAACUUAAUCUCUUGAAAAAGCAUGGUUACGUAGUAGGAAGAGUUGGAAGAACAUUCUUGUAUUCAGAAGAACAGAAGAAUAAAGCUGCCUUUGAGUUUGAUGCCGAUUCACUUGCCUUUGACAUGGGAAAUGAACCUGUUAUGGUUGCAGAUAAAUCCACCAAACGAGUAGAAUUGACCCCACAAGAUGUGAAAGAUGCCCACUGGUUUUAUGACACCCCUGGAAUUACAAAAGAAAAUUGUAUUUUAAGUCUUCUAACAGAAAAAGAAGUAAAUAUUGUUUUGCCAACACAUUCCAUUGUUCCAAGAACUUUCGUGCUUAAACCAGGAAUGGUUCUAUUUUUGGGUGCCAUAGGCCGCAUAGAUUUUCUGAAGGGAAAUCAGUCAGCUUGGUUUACAGUUGUGGCUUCCAACUUCCUUCCCGUUCACAUUACUUCGUUGGACAAGGCAGACACUAUAUAUCAGAAACACGGGGGUCAUACGUUACUCAAGGUUCCAAUGGGUGGAGAAGAAAGAAUGGCAGGAUUUCCUCCUCUUGUUGCUGAAGACAUCACAUUAGAUGAAGGACUUGGGGAAUCUGAAGCAGUGGCUGAUAUCAAGUUCUCCUCUGCAGGCUGGGUAGCAGUAACGCCACAGUUUAAGGACAAACUGCACCUCCGAGGCUACACACCUCAAGGAACAGUUCUGACGGUCCGGCGCCCACUCUUGCCACAUGUAGUUAACAUCAAAGGAGAGCGCAUCCGGAGAAGCGUGGCCUAUAAAACCAAAAAGCCUCCUGCCCUUGUGUACAAUCUGCAGAAAAAGAAAAAAAGAUAAAUAUAUGAAGCUAACCUGUUCACACUGAAGAUUAACGAUAUAGAACAUACUGUAUACAUUGCAUUGCAUUAAAUAUUGCUAUAAUAAAACCUUCUGCCACCCUUUUUA